CGAACGACGAAGUGGAACGAGCAGUAAAGACAGUGAAAAACAUCCUGACAAAGGAACAAGAUCCAACAAAAGCACUACUGGCAUAUAGAUCAACACCAUUAGCAAGCGGAUACUCUCCAGCAGAACUCCUUAUGGGAAGAAAGAUAAAGUCAACAUUACCAAUAACGCACCACAUUUAA